UGACCAUUCAGGACAAGUUGAUUAACUGAUCAAGCCACAAUGGUCACCUGGACAGACUUUGAGCGUGCAACCAUCCAGGACAUCUUCUCCAAGAUAGAUUAUGAUAUUGUGGGGCCUGAUGCUCUUUCCAGGUGUCUGAUCGUCUACCCCUGGACUCAGAGGUACUUCGGCAGCUUUGGGAACCUCUACAAUGCUGCUGCCAUCGCGUCCAACCCAAAGGUAGCAGCACAUGGAAAGGUUGUCCUUGGGGGUUUGGAAAAAGCUCUAAAGAACAUGGACGACAUCAAGCAGGCUUAUGCAGAUCUGAGUGUCCUGCACUCUGAAAAACUACAAGUAGAUCCUGACAAUUUCAAGCUCCUGGCUGACUGCCUGACCAUCGUCGUUGCCUCUCAGCUCGGUAAAGACUUCACACCGGAGGUGCAUGCAGCGUUUGCAAAGUUCUUGGCUGUGGUGGUGGCAGCUCUCAGGAAGCAGUACCACUAGAGCUCCGUCGCAGAAGCUAAAAUCUGUCUCCUUAUUUCUCUCAGCAGAGGCGCUGGCCAAAUAAAACAAUUUACACUAA